AGAUCUGGCAAAUUGCGACCCUCGACCGGCUGCUAGGAAUUCUGGGAGUUAAAGUCCAAAACACCUAGAGGAGGGCUGAAGUUUGUCCAUGCCUGACCUAUAUGUUAAGGCACAGUAGGAGCAGAUGCAAACCAGUUGGAAAGAUUGAACUUGCCAGGAGAGGAGCUUCAGAAGCAAUUGGUUUUGCGCUAAAACAGAAGCAUCCUACCUCUUGAUGGUGCCGGGGAAAUGCCUCCAUUUCCCUUAAAACAGCUAUAAGCUGGGUCUCCAUCCAUGUCUCCAGCCAAUCAAUCCCUAGGCCUUCAUGUGUUUAUUAAAUCCGAGGAACUGUUGUGGACUAGAGCAAUAGCAUUAUGUAGCCAAAUUCAAAAAAAAAAUCUGUUCUGGUUUGAAAGUGUUAUUUCCUGUUUAAUUGUGCGGUCCUUACUUUGAAAGUCAUUCUACUCCAGGAACUUUGUUUUCGUGGCAGCCACAAACUAUGUUGUAUUGCUUGAGACUCGAUAAGAUAGUCAUUGAAAAACAAGAGCAAAAUGUGCUGCAGGGCGUUCUUCCCGCAACAACAACAUUUUUGCACUCCCCAGUGGCGCAGUGUGUUAAAGCGCUGAGCUGCUGAACUUGUUGCAGGCUCUAAUCCGGGGAACGGAGUGAGCACCCGCUGUUGGUCCCAGCUUAUUUAUUUAUUUAUUAUUUAUAUUUAUUUACUACAUUUAUAUCCUGCCCUUCUCACCCCGAAGGGGACUCAGAGCGGCUUACAAAUUAAACUUAUAGACAAUAUUAUUAUUAGCAUAGUACAGUACUGGCAAUAAACUACUAUAUUGUACUAUAUCAAUAUAUUGUAAUAUUAUUAGUAACAUUACAUAUAAAAUAUAAUAUAUAAUUAAUAUUAUAUUGUAUUAUUAGUAUUAUAUUGUAUUACAAUAUUAUAUUAGCAGUUUGAAAGCAUGCCAAUGUGAGUAUAUCAAUAGGUACCGCUCCGGCGGGAAGGUAACAGCACUGCAUGCAGUCAUGCCAGUGGCCACAUGACCUUGGAGGUGUCUAUGGACAAAGCCGGGUCCUCGGCUUAGAAAUGGAGAUGAGCCCCAACCCCCAGAGUCGGUCACAACUGGACUUAACGUCAGAGGAAGCCUUUACCUAACAAACUUGUUUUUAUGAUAGAAACUAUUAGGAAAUGACAUUUAUAACCCAGGAACAACAUUCAUGUUACGUAGUGUUGUCUUGCAGCGGCACCUUUUGAGAACAGAAGGACUGGGCAACAGCAAAUCUAAACUCUGGUCCAGAUCAAUGGCCCCAAAAAAGUUGGAUGGGAAGUCCAAUAAAACCUACAAGGUUGUUUUCCUGGCCUCUCCAGCAAAGGGAAUUGAGGCUUUGUUCCAAAGGUGUGGCCCUUGAAGCCCAGUUGAAAUUGAUCUAGGAAACUGGAUGGUGAGCAGCACUUGUCCAGAAGGGGAAAGUUGACAACUGCCUGUCGAUGUUAUUUGCCUGUGGUGCUAAUUCUCCUUUCCUUGAAGGAGGCUUGAACUGCCCUGUCUUCGACAGAAGAGCUAACCACCUCCUAGCACUGCUUUCUGAAUAGCUGCUCUUUGCCAGUUGCAAACCAUUUGCUUGCCAGGUCCAAGUGGUUGCUUUCUGAUGAGGGCCGUUUCUGGGUGGGAAUCGGAGAGCAAGCAGCGAGCAUGGAGCUGUUGCUUUAUUGUCUCAGGGCUGCUCCGUCGCCUCGCCUUUUCCUUCCUUUCUCCCGCAAUCUGAUCAUUUGCUUCCUGCCUUCCGUGGGACGCUUUUCUUCCAUUCAUUGCUGGAAUCGAUGAAGCGGAACGGCUUCGCCCAGGCUCACAGGGCAGGGUCUUGGCUCUGGCAAUCUGUGCCCGGUGUCCCGACAAAGAGGGCAUUGGCGGGGCAGCGUCCAUCCUUGCAGUGACCAGAAGGCUGAUGCUCCAGCGGGUCAAGCGCCAAGGGAUUGACGGGCCAAGCAGGGUGGCCCAAGGAGACCUCUUCCUCCUCCGUGCUCACCAGAGUGCAAAGAUGUCCGCUUUUUUGUUGACUGCCGACUGGAACAAAUAUGAUGACCGGUUGAUGAAAGCGGCGGAAAGGGGCGACGUGGAGAAGAUCUCGUCCGUCCUCGCAAAGAAAGGAGUGAACCCCACCAAGCUCAAUGUGGAAGGCCGAUCAGCAUUCCACGUCGUUGCCUCCAAAGGAAACCUUGACUGCUUGAAUGCCAUUCUCCUCCAUGGGGUCGACAUUGUGGCGACGGAUGCGGCAGGAAGGAACGCUCUUCACCUGGCUGCCAAGUAUGGGCACGCGCUCUGCCUGCAGAAGCUGUUGCAGUACAACUGCCCCACCGAGAAUGCCGACCUGCAGGGCCGAACGGCCCUCCACGAUGCAGCGAUGUCCGACUGUGCCUCCGGGAUACAGCUGCUGUGUGACCAUGGAGCCAUCGUGAACGCCAGGGAUGCAGACGGAAGGACCCCGCUGGUGCUGGCCACUCAGAUGUGCCGUCCGACCGUCUGCCAACUUCUGAUUGACAGAGGAGCUGAGGUCAACGCGAGAGACAAACAGAACCGGACUGCUCUGAUGCUGGGUUGUGAAUACGGCUGCAAGGAUGCGGUGGAGGUUCUGCUCCGGAACGGGUCCGAAGUCACACUGGUGGACGCCCUCGGCCAUGACUGCGCCUACUACGCGCGGAUCGGGGACAACGUGGAGAUCCUGGCCCUGGUCAAGGCAGCCAUGGAGGAGUCCGGCAAAGCAAGUUAUGAAGUUAUGAAGAAAGGGCAGCCCAUGCCAAAGGUGGUCAACAUGCGGCCGAAGUGGACUCAGCCAAACGCCUUGGAGGAGCAGGGCUUCAAGCCGAUCCAGAAGGAGCCAUGGAACCUACAGCAGGAGGUAGAACGAGAGAACGAAGACUUGAAAGGCCGGCUGCGGGAGAUCCAGCAGGAGCACCGCAUCCUCCUGGACAGAAUCGGCGGCCUGCAGCUCCAGCUGAACGAGGAGCAAAUGAUUGCUGAUGAUCUGGAAAGUGAGAAGGCUGAGCUCAGGAAGCUUCUGACCACAAAGGAGAAGCAGCAGGAGGAAAGUUUGCGAGUUCUUGAGGCUCUGAAGUCGAAGCUGAGGUUCUACGAGAGUGACCACGCAGGAUCCGGAAGCAGUUUUGGAAACAGGAAAGAAGAUGCUUUGCUUAAGCAGGAGUCUGGCUAUUCUGCAGAACCGCAGGCCCCUGGCCCCAUGGCAGCCAGCCUCCAGAGCCGGUCCAUGGUGCGUCCCUUGGAGCUGCUGGGCCCGAGCUUUUCAUCGGCCUCCGAGGUGGACGCUCUCAAGCGGGAACUGGGCGGCCUGAGGAGCGGCUAUGAGGCGUCCAGGGCCGAGGUCAGCCGGCUGCAGCUGGAGCUGUCCCACAAGGCCUCCGAAUGCAAAGCCCUGGCCUCGGAGUGCGAGCGGACCAAGCGAGAGUCCGACAAGCAGAUCAAGCAGCUGGAGGACGCCUUGAAAGAUGUCCAGAAGAGGAUGUUUGAUUCGGAAGGCAAAGUGAAGCAGAUGCAGACGCACUUCCUGGCCCUGAAGGACCACCUGACCAGCGAGGCGGCCCUGGGCAGCAGCAAGGCAGCGGAGGAGCUGCGGGAUCAGCUGAAGGACAUGAAGGCCAAGUACGAGGGAGCCUCGGCCGAGGUGGGGAAGUUGCGCAACCAGCUGAAGCAGAACGAGCUCCUGGUGGAGGAGUUCCGGAGAGAUGAAGCAAACCUGCUGGAAGAGAACAAGAAGCUGCAGAAGGAACUGGGCACGUUGAAGUUUGAGCGCGAGAAGCGGGAGCGGAGGGCGGCAGAGGCGGAGGGGCAGCGGAAGGAGACGGCAGCCAAGCUGGCCGACCAGUAUGAAAAGAUGAGGGCGUCGCUCUCUGCCGAAGUGGAGGAAAAGGCCCGGAGGUUGGCCGAGAUGGAGAAGGAGCGCGAGAAGCUGUUGGGGGAGACGCAGCGCCUGAGGGUGGACCUGGAGGGCCAGAGAGUGCAGUUUUCGCAGUUUGUGAGGCCGGAGGAGCACAGGCUUAUGAAGAGCAAGUAUGAGCAGAGGGGCAAGGAGCUGGAGAGGGCGCAGGCGGGGCUGAAGCAGGCAAACCAGGCCCUGCAGAAGGAGCUGGAAAAGGCCCAGGCAGACAACGGCCUGCUCAAGCAGCACGUGGACACGCUCAGGAGCGAGAUGGACAAGCAGUUCGUGCCUCGGAAGGUCAAUGAGGAGAUGAAGAAGGCCAACGACAUGGUGGUUGGGGAGCUGAACAGAAAACUCAUGGAGAUGACUGAAAAGCAUCGCGGGUGCAAAGGGGAAGCGGAGAGAUUGCUGGCAGAGAAGAGCUCUUUGCGGGACACGGUCAACCACCUUCAGUCCAUUUACGUCCCGCCUGAGAAGCACGAGAAGGAAACGGGGGCCUUGAAAUCCACCGUGAUGGAACUGAAGAGGCAGCUUGCUGAUCUGGGCCAAAAAUGCGAGGAGGAGCAAGCUAAAGUGGCUGAACUUGCGUCCAAAAACACCGCUCUCCAGGUUGCCCUGACGGAACAGUAUGUGCCAUCUGAGACUUACGAGGAGACCAAGGCUGCCUUGAACAGCACGCUGGAGAAAACCGGGCAGGAACUCUCCGAUCUGAAGGAAAAAAUGGAAGGUGUCAAGCAGGAGUUUUUGAAAGUCACCGAAGAGAACGGGGCCUUGACACGGAAGCUGCGAGCCCUGCAGAGCCAAAUGCAAGGGGAGUACAUCAGCAUGCGUGAUCACAACAGCCAGGUUGCGGCUCUGAACCAAAGCAUCCAAGAGCUCCGGAACGGCAGUUCGGAAAUGCUUGCAAAGUAUCAGCAGAAGCAAGAGGAGGUUGUGCAGCUGCACGUGGAGAUCGAGGCGCAGAAGCAGGAGCUUGACAUGAUCCAGGAGUGCAUCGCGUCCAAGUACGCCCCGCUGGCCAGCCUGGAGGAGAAGGAGCGAGGCUUUGAGGCCGCAGUGAAGGAAUUACGGGGCCAGCUGGCCGAACGCGGGGAGCAGUUGGCUGGGAAGGAGGAGGAGAUCAGGACCUGGCGCCAGGAGAACGAGAAGCUGAGGGCCGGCCUCCUGGCUGUCCAGAGUGACCUCCGGCACAACUACGUCCUGGCGGAGAAGUCGCAUGAAACGGAGCGGACCUUCGCCGCCAAGGUGGAAGACCUCAACACGCAGCUGCGGGAGCUGCAGCAGAAGUUUGCCGAGACCCAGUCAGAGAAGGAGCGGCUUCAGGAGGAGAGCGCCAGGCAGCGCUCGGAGGCCCAGGAAGCCCAGAGCCGCCUCCGGGUCCAGUACGUGCCAGUGGAGCAGGUGGAGGCCCUGAAGCGGGAGCUCAACGCUGCCAUGGAGGGGCUGAAGGCAGAGCUGAGCAGCCAGGAAGCCGGUCACCAGGAGCAGCGCCAAAAGGCCGAAGAGCUGCGGCGGGAACUUGCCCACCUCAGGGGCACCUCCAUCCCCUUGGCAGAGCACACGCGGGUCAAGGAGGGGCUGGAAGGAGAGGUGGCGAGUGCGAAGGCCGCCCUGAAAGAGAAGGAGCAGGAGAGCCAAGCCAGGGGCGAGGAGGUCGCCGCACUGCAGUCGGGAAUCCAGAGCGCAAAGCAGUCCCUGAGGGAGCUGGAGAUCCGGGAGGAGGCCGAGAGGCUGGAACACAAGACGGGGACCCUCAGGCUGGAAGGCCAGGUCGCCAGCAUGGCCGAAAGGGUGGCCUCGCUGAGCACCAAGCCUGCUGGGAUGUGCGAGAAGGCCGUCCAGGUGAAGGCGGAGGAGCUGCCCCCGUCUCCGAGGGGCUUCAGCAUCGAGCAGGAGAUCAAGGACCAGAAGGAGCGCUGCGACAAGUCCCUCAGCACCAUCGUGGAGCUGCAGGAGAGGAUCCAGGAGUCGGCCAAGCAGGUGGAAGCCAAGGACAACAAGAUCACCGAGCUGCUCAAUGACGUGGAGAGGCUGAAGCAGGCCCUCAACGGUCUCUCUCAGCUGACCUACAACAGUGGUGUCCCCGCAAAGCGGCAGGUCGAAGUUCUCCAGGGCCAAGUGCAGACCCUACAGCAGCAGCUGGCUGAUGCUGAGCGGCAGCACCAAGAGGUCAUCUCCAUAUAUCGAACGCACCUCCUCAGUGCUGUCCAGGGUCACAUGGAUGAAGACGUCCAGGCGGCCUUGCUGCAGAUCAUCCGCAUGCGCCAGGGCUUGGUUUGCUAAGGGGUUGGCGUGGCGGUGAGCCCUGCCCGGCCGCCGUCCCUCGUGGCAUCUUUGCAGGGCUUUGCGUUCACCAUAGUUUUUGCAGAUAUUCUUGGGGAAAGGCUCCUCCCUUCCCGCUUCUGCGGGGAAAAAA